AUGGAGGCUUUUGAGUGGACGGACGCACCGCGGCCUGCGCAACAGCCGCGCAAGCGCCUUUCGGACGACACCGCCUUUGCGCCGCUUUCGCAGCUCGACAGCGGCCAGUUCAAGUGUUAUCUUCGAGCUUUGAUACCGCUCUCCGGCGGCUCUUCCCCGUCAAGAGACGAGGCCGCCCGGUCGUGGAGCGGCGAUUACUGCGGCGAUUACUGCGCCAGCCGAGUUUUCGCCGCAGCGUGGCGGGACGACACGCGCACGCUUGCGUCCGGGCUCGCGUGUCGUUCCGUUCGCGACGGCCAUUACGGUCACUUGUGCAUGUAA